CUUACCUUCUCUGUUUGUUUCUUGAGAAAAAGGAAAUGGGAAGGCUUUGCCUACUAUUGGUGUUGUUGCAUCUUUCAUGGAGUUUGUCUUCCUCUGUUCCUCCUCCUUCCUCUCAUUUAUGUCUCCCACACCAGAGAGCUGCUCUGCUCCAAUUUAAAAACUCCUUUUUUCUGAGAGAUGGCUGUGGGGAUGAUUACUCUGAUGAAUACCCCAAGACAGAGUCAUGGAACAAAAGCAUUGAUUGCUGUUCAUGGCAGGGAGUCACAUGCGACGAGCUGACUGGUCAUGUAAUCGGCAUCGAUCUUAGUCAUAGUUGCCUUACCGGUUCUCUCCAUGCAAACAGCAACCUCUUUCUCCUUCACAACCUUCAAUGGCUGGACCUCAGCCGAAAUUACCUCCGGGGCUCUCCUCUUGAGAACACCAACAGAAGCCUCUUUCAUCUCCACAACCAUCAAUGGCUUGGCCUCAGCUACAACCACCUCAUUGGCUCUCCUCUUGAGAACACCAGCAGCCUUUUUAACUUUCAUGGACUCCAACUACUCAACCUUGCUCAGAACUCUUUCCAUGGAGCUAUCUCAUCCGAGUUAUUGAGCCAGCUGGUGAGUUUAAACCAUCUUAAUCUCUCUUAUAAUGAGUUCUCCGGCUUCAUCCCGAAUCAAAUCAGUCUCUUGUCAAGUUUGGUUUCACUUGAUCUUAGCCAGUACUCACAAGAUUUUGCCAAGUUGAAAUUUCAUGGCAAAGGUUUUGAGAUGCUUGCAAGAAACUUGACCAAAAUAAGAGUCCUUGUGCUUGCCAAUGUAGAUAUGUCUUAUGUUGCACUCACUUCCUUUCUAAACUUCACUUCAUCACUACAAAGUCUGAUUCUCUAUGAUUGCCACUUACAUGGGGAUUUUCCAUCUCCAGUUUUUCAGCUUCCGAACCUCAAACUUAUAAGUUUAGGUAACAAUGAAAAUGUCAGAGGUUAUCUCCCUCAGACAAACUGGAGUAGUGGCCUUGAGGCGUUGGACCUUUUCUAUUGUGGUGGUUUUAGAGGUUCAAUUCCGCCAUCAUUCGGAAAUCUCACUCAAAUGGCUUUCAUAGAUUUAUCUGGAAAUUCGCUUCAAGGACAGAUACCGGAUGUUUUUGGAAACCUUACCAAAUUAACUUAUUUGGCAUGUUAUUCAUGCAAUUUGAGUGGUCCACUUCCAACAACUAUGUUCACUCUCCCAUCUCUGCUACGUUUAGACCUCGGUUUUAACAAACUUGCCGGACCAAUCGACCGAAUUUGGAUGUCAAGUUCUAUCCAAUAUGUUGACUUAAGAUAUAAUGACUUACAUGGUCCACUACCCCAUUCUAUUUUUGAUCUUGUGAACCUUGGUUUUCUUAUUUUGUCAUCGAACAACUUGAGUGGUGUCAUCGAGUCGGAUAUGCUUUCGAAACUCACAAGUCUUGAAGUUCUUGAUAUUGCGAAUAAUAGUUUACUAUCAUUAAGCACAAGCCGGAAUGAUGUGAACUAUUCCCUCCCUCAGCUCAAAGCUGUGUUAUUCUCUUCUUGUGGCGUAAGGCGGUUCCCGAGUUUCUUCCGAACAUCAAAGUUGGAGUAUUUAGAUCUUUCCAAGAACAUGAUUUCUGGUGGGAUUUCCAAAUGGGAAGCUGAAGGGUGGGAAGCAUUGCAAGCAUUGGACCUUUCUCAUAACUUUCUGACCACUUUGGAGCAAUUUCCAGGAAAGAGAUUGGAAUCUCUAGACCUAAGUUCCAACUUGCUUGAAGGAUCAAUUCUCUCAACUUGUUUGAAUCUUCAAACUCCAAAUCGACAGUUGCUCAAGGAGUUGUUGAUUUCAGAGAAUAAAUUGACAGGAAAUAUUCCUUCUUCCAUUUGCAGUCGGAGUUCACUUACACUACUGGACUUAUCUAGAAACAGCUUGAGUGGAACCAUUCCUGAAUGUCUUGGAAAUUUCAGCAGUUCUCUCAAGUUCAUGAAUUUGCAGAUGAACAACUUCUCUGGCAAGAUCCCUUCUUUUGUGAACAGUCAGUUGACCCAUCUUUUCCUCAAUGACAACCAAUUGGAAGGAGUGGUACCACCAUCUUUGGUUAAUUCGACUUCAUUGGAGAUUUUAAAUUUAGGGAACAAUAAGUUAACUGAUAGAUUUCCCCAUUGGUUAACUUCACUUGGAAGUCUGCAAAUUCUAGUCUUGAGAUCUAAUAGAUUUCAUGGAUCACUGUCUCAUCUAUUAGCUUCAAAAUACCUUGGGUUACGAAUGAUUGAUCUCUCCGGAAAUGAGUUCACGGGCUCCUUGCCAACAAAACUAUUCCAAAAUUUGACAGCAAUGGCAGAUAUUUUUCAAUGGGGACUUUCAUACCCAGAAGGAGGCGACAUUUACGGUAUUGACAGUAUUCAUUAUGACAUUAAAUAUUACCACCUUUCUGUGAAUGUAACAACGAAAAGAUUGGAGCUUGCAUUGACGAAGACGGUGGACAUUUUCGUAUCUAUGGACUUGUCAAACAACAAAUUCUCUGGACAAAUUCCUGAGGAAGUCGGACAACUCAUUUCCCUGCAAAUGCUCAACUUCUCUCACAACAACUUCACCGGUCCUAUCCCCGCAUCGUUUGGAAAUUUGGUGAGACUUGAAUCAUUAGAUCUUUCAUCAAACAAGCUUGGUGGCAGCAUUCCUUCUCAAAUGACGAAUUUGACGUUUCUUGAAGUGCUGAAUCUUUCCCACAACAAUCUUGUUGGACAAAUUCCCCAUGGGAAGCAAUUUGAUACCUUUGAUAAUGAUUCCUAUAGCGGUAACUUGGGAUUGUGUGGCUUACCAUUGUCCAAGCCAUGCGUCGACCAUGGGGAGGCCGAACCACCUGCACCAUUGGUGGUGGAACAUGAGGGUUCUAAAGAGCUAUCUUUCUGGCAAGUUGUAAUGAUGGGGUACGGAAGCGGAGUAGUACUAGGAUUGAGCUUAGGUUACAUUGUGUUCACAACCGGAAGACCAUGGUGGCUUGUUCGAAUCAUCGAGAGAGAUUUACAAUACAAAUUCAUAAAGUGGAUCCGAAGAAACAAACCAAGAAGACACUAGCUAUGGUUCCAACAUCUUGUCUAGUGGCAUCGAAAACUUCGAACUGAAUUCGAUGUGAAGAUCGUGCUCGUUGAGUUUCCUCGGAAUAAUGAAUAAACCAGGGAGGUGAUGUUAAUUUAGCGUAUAACUAUAUUUACUUGGUCAAUAGUUUGGUGAUAUGAUACGAGUGCCUUUGUUUUGUAAAAUUGUAUU